GAAGUGGCGUCACCGGCAAAGCACUAGACGCCGGGGUAGUGGGAGACAUCGUCCACGUUUCGUGUCAUGUUUGACAGCAUUUAGGGUUUACCAGGGGGAACUGACGCUGCUGCGAGGAUGGUUGAUGUGGUGGAGGACGAAACAGCCUUUUACUCCAAGGCUGAGCAGUACUGGCAUGACAUCCAGCCGACGGUAGACGGCAUGCUGGGUGGGUAUGGCAGCAUCUCCUCCAUAGACAUCAACAGCUCCAGGAAGUUCCUGCAGAAAUUCCUUGGGGAAGGCAAAGGGAAGACGGGCACGGGAUGUGCCCUGGAUUGUGGUGCCGGCAUUGGCCGCAUCACCAAGCGCCUGCUGCUCCCACUCUUUCGCACGGUGGACCUGGUGGAUGUGACUCAGGAGUUCCUGGACAAGGCGCGCUCCUACCUGGGCGAGGAGGGCAAGAGGGUGGGGAACUUUUUCUGCUGUGGCCUGCAGGACUUCGAGCCUCAGCCAGGCCGCUAUGAUGUCAUCUGGAUCCAGUGGGUCAUCGGUCACCUAACAGAUGAGCACUUGGUGAGCUUCCUGCAGCGCUGCCGGGCCGGCCUUUCUCCAGGGGGGCUCAUCGUGGUGAAGGACAACGUGGCGCACGAGGGCGUGGUGCUGGACGAAGUGGACAGCAGUGUGUGUCGGGAGCUGCCGCUGGUGCGCGAGCUGGUGCGCCGCGCCGGUCUGCAGGUCAUCCGCGAGGAACGCCAGGAGAACUUCCCUGAGGAGAUCUACCAGGUCUUCACGCUGGCACUUAGAUAGGAGGGCGGGGUGAGGUGUUCCAGGCUCCGCCCCUCCUCCCAGCCACACCUCUAUUGGGCAUCCAACCAAUCGGUGUCCAUGUAGGCUGGGCUGGGUCCACAUAAACUGGUGUGCAUGAAAGAAGGAGGCGCAUGGAAGGUGUCAAGACUCCUAACCUGAAUCCAGUUCUGUGUUGAACAUCUCCAACAUCUGCAGGACGCACCUGAUUGCUGUUCAUGUUACAGGUUCCAGCCCAGUUUUUUUAGUGUGACUGGAGGCUCUCAUUCACAGAAAGCUUUUUAACACGGUCACGGUUUGGCCAAGGUGACGUUUCGAAGGAUUUGUGGUACCUUCGUUUUUCCUGUGUCGGACGUUGAAUCGGGACACUUUUACAUGAAGUAUCUGGUUCUGGGUUUGUAAAUUAGCAGCAUGAAAGGGGUGUAAUUGGAUUUUAAGCUGAAGUCGGGGUUGAGGGCUAUGGUCAAUCUCAUGACAUAAUGACCACUGUGUCUCCUUGUCGCAGAUGAGUGUUUAUCAUGAUUUUUCUGCCAGUCGGCCUUCUCAAAUUUGGAGAUGAAUUGUAAAAAAAUAUAACUUAUCAUGAAAAGCAUGGAA